GCUUGCCGCUGUGUCUACGAAUGCGAAUGCGCGAGCGGCGGCGAUGAAGGUGGAAGGGUUCAACCCUCGGCUACCGUAGCCUGGUUCUUCACCUCCUUCUCCGGCAAGCUUUAUACCGAAACGAACGAAGAAGCCGCGCAACGUAUCCACACUCUCAGCUGGCAGCGCGACCACGACGUACUCACCGCCAUCCGCCCCUGCAGUGGUCACUUCUGGGAUCCUCCGUCUCGCCAGCCAAAGUGGUCCCGGGACCCGUUCCAGGACUCGAAGAACUAUACAGUACUGGCCAUCGGCAACGCUCGAUUCCAGUCAGGGACGGUGAAGUGUCGGUACACUUUUGCGACUCCCGUGAGAGAAGCGAGCCCCCUGGAAGCAGGCUCGGUCGACCAAAGCUUUCACGUGCCUACCGAUCUCGUUGCGUGAUCGCGACCGCGCGGACUCUCCGUGUGCGUGCGUGCGUGUUCGUGAGUGCCUCAUUCUCUCAGCGUCCUCGAGCGGAGACUUCAGGGAGAGGAGCGAGAGAGUGAGAGAGAGAAAGAGCGUGCGUGCGUGUGUGUGUGUGUGGCGGCUCGCGCUCACCGAACGCUCACGAGAGAAGGCGGCUAGUUUUUUUCCCCCUUCGGUUGGCCGCGGUAGCGGCGGCGCAUCAUCAAUGGAAUUCGGCGCCGAUUGUGGCGGUGGUGGUGUUGUCGGUCGGGGGCGUCGCCGGCCCCGAUGACCUUCCGUGCGCCUGCAUGACGACGACCACGACCAAGACGCGGAUCAUCCCGUCGUCGACGCGUUGACCUCGGCAAACGUUUGUUUGUUGUGCCGCCGCUGGGCUUCUCUGGCAUCGAGUGGAGCCGGCCCGAAAUGUCACAGCAGACCCGGACGAAGAAAGGGAGCGGGGGUGGAGCAGCCGUGUCCCCUCCGCCAGGCGGCGUCGUCGGCGCAGAUGCGCGGCGCCGGGGCAAGUGCAAGUGGUUCAACGUGGCCAAAGGUUGGGGCUUCAUCACCCCGUACGACGGCGGCCCCGACGUGUUCGUCCACCAGUCGGUGAUCCAGAUGUCCGGCUUCAGGAGCCUGGGGGACGACGAAGAGGUGGAGUUCGAGUGCAAGGCCUCGGACAAGGGCGUCGAGGCCACGGCCGUGUCGGGACCCGAAGGUGGCGACUGCAAGGGGUCGCACCGGAGGCCCAUGUCCAAGAAGCGGUUCCGAAAGAUCAGGUGCUACAACUGCGGUGAGUUCGCCAACCACAUCGCCGCCAAGUGCACCAUGGGGCCGCAGCCCAAGCGCUGCCACCAGUGCAAGUCGGCCGAUCACCUGAUCGCCGACUGCCCGCAGCGCGAGGACAAGCGCGCCAAGGGAGGCGCCGACGCGUCACCGACGACGACGCCAGCCGCCGCCGCAGCACGCGAGCACUAACGGCGACAGCAGUCUUCCAGAGGAGCCCCUCGACAACGCCGCGACGGCGGCCGACGAGGCCGUGGACAACAACAACAGCGCCGCGCCCCUCGCCAAACACGCCGAGGCGUAAAAAGAGAGCCCCCUCACACUGUCUCUAUCUCUAUCUCUCUCUUUAUUUCUUCCCGCUUUUGCGGGCCCGUACACACUAAGGCGGCGCUCUUCUAAAAGUCCCAGCGCUAAAGUUAGCAGCUGUUCGCGAAAACUCGCCGGACUGCAGAGUGGGAAAGCAACGUGUAUAGAGAGAUUGUCUCAUUGAGGAGUCUUAGAGAAACAGCGGACCCACAAGUGUACGCUAUCUGCCCUGCGCACGAAAGAAGCUCAAGCGGUGUUUUGGUCUCUGCGCAUAUGCAGCACCGGUGACGCCUGUUCAGCGAGUGCGCUAUAGACCACUUGCGUCCGCUGUUUCUAGAAACUCUCUAUUUUCGCGUAAUCUGUCACGAAUGCGUGAGCUUUGAGGCACCGUCAGCGCAGAUCUAUCUAUAUAGAUAUAUAUACCUUAUAAGGGAUUGUUUACGAUGGCACGGCUGGAGCAAACUACGAUGCUUCUGAUAGCGGGCUGUUAUUCGUUGCUGUCGCAUCGACAGCUACGCAUCCUCGCAGAAAGCUCGAAACUCGGGGGUAUGCUUGCACGAGCCAAGAGCCGCGAGAAAGUUCAAAUGGCUAAUUGUGCUUUUCGGUUACUAUAUAGAAACUGCCGGGACUGUUGGAAGCCUACAUUGGGAGAUUGCGGAGUAAAUAGACAGUAUGUACAGAUACGCAGGUAGUCGCUGUUGGCUACCCUGCAACAGGAAGGGAGGAGUUAAGGGGGAUAUCAUUCAAGUAUCUUUUGGAGAAACUAACGUUGCCCGAACGAAUCCGGAUAGCUCAGUGGCGGCCCAAUGUUUCACUUUAUACACGAUCACUCGAACCUUCAACACGUGACACUUCAUCCAACUUAGCCAGGUAAUCGGUGAAAACCGCACAGUAUGCUGAUCGUUUGCUUAUGCAGGAGUGACCAUUCGUGCCAACUUUUAGCUAAAUUUUCGAGCAUUCUCGUGCGGCUGGAGUACGUCUACUCCGCUUGUGCCCAAUAGGAUUGAACCUAACUCCACUGAGAGAUGCGAGCACUGUCGAAGAUGAGUUAAAUGUAAGAGAAUCAGUGUAACCUCGCAAAAGAGAGUGUCUCACACUCUGGCUUUCUUGUAGCAAACUAAUCAAUUGCCGCGCUAAACUUAUCUGGGCAAGUGAGUGAAACCAUUGCCGUUAAUGGCGAACAAAAGCUGGAGAAAACAAACGGAAAGAGACCGGAGCGAAGUGUCAGCGUUAGUAGAUGUCGCCAGUAUUAUCUGGUAGCCUGGCAAACCUUCAAGAGCCUUGGUCCCAGGAAUGUGUGAGUGACCAUCAACGUAAUUGGGGGGGAAAAGGGGAACCGCCUUCAUGUGUGCACAAUCAAAACAACGACUUUGCUAAGUGCUCUAUGGAUACUCAUUCGCAGUGCACAGUUUUAAACCACUCGGCGAUACAGAGUGUACGAGAACCGUGCAAAAGGCAGCUCGACGUAUACAAAGCAGCAACAAAUGCAUACACCAGCAUUGCUGCAUAGUGCUUUGGCUUUUUCAUUAAUGUCCAGUACACGUCGAUCAUCGAUAGGACGAACGCUGGAAUUGCUCAGGAAGCGCCUGGUUGUUAGCGCGAACGGAAAGUAAACCAGGUGAAUAGAGAAAAUAAUUAUUUUGCAAGGCUGAGUUGGAUCGGGUAGUCGAAUGGAUCCUUUGGUGUCACUACACACACAUAAAUCGAACAUCUGUUAGUUAUACCGUACUUAAAAUAGGAGAUAGAGGUAAAUAAGACAUGCGAAGGAAUUUUCGUACUUGGUCUAUCUGUACUCUCGAUAGCUCUGAGAGGACUUAACCUGCGCGCAGUUGUGUACAAGGUAAUCAUCCAGGCUCCUGCACAGGACCACCUUGAUGGCCCUUGCCUUCGAAAUGGUCAUGUGGCACAUGAUUCACAGUACCGGUCAGCGCAUUUUCGCUCCAACAUAUCACUACCAGGGCAUUCAAUUUGGAUCACACGGGAGCAUUCUGCAUUGGUAAACACAGUGUAGACAGACGUAGUUAUCAUAAAUGUUGUAGACCUAAAAAUAGCAAUCAGCAAGAUGCUCGAAGAGCACGCUUUGGUUCCUGCCUCAGUAUGUUUAACACGCUGAUUGGUGGACGGGAUGCUUUCUCAAGCAAUGCUUUAAUAGUUUUAAAACAACGAUAUAGGGAAAGAGGGCGAUCUUUCAGCAGCCUUCUUUUUUUUUUGGAUUUCCAGUUUUAGCAACCCUUUAAUGCAACACUUUGCUCGCAGAAAUAGCGAGAGCUUUAUCAGAACAGUUAUUAUGAACUGCCACUGCCUGACUUCUGCAUAUUCGCACGUGUAGACUUCGCUGUGCCAAAAGAUCAAUUGACUGUGUACUGAGGAAAAUUACAUUUCGAGUCGUAUCGUAUAGGUGCAACAAGCGAAUAUAAAUCUGUCGUUGAACGCAAUGUCGGCUCGCUACAUGAAGCAGCGCUUCACGAAAGUUGUCCUUGCAAAUGAGCAUGCAAGGAAACCUACUUGUUAGAAGAAAAAAAAAAUCGAGUACUUCACCGAGACGUCUCCAUUUGAGACGAUGGACUUUCUUCCUACCAUGAAACGCACUCGAUACGCUGCCAAAUCUUCCGAGUGUAAUUCAAUCGCGCCUUGUGUGUACAUGUCGCGCUGACUGCGCCGGUAAAUUGUACAGAUUAUAUACACAACCUUGUUGCGUGGUGACCACAGCUGUGUAGGACCUUCUUCUGAGACCGUUCUAUCAUUUUUUUUUUUUUGAGUGACAUGACGAUGUUGUUGCUUUCUUCUCCCGAGCCGUUGUGUGCGGUGUCGUGCAAAAGAAGAACACUUAAUUGUGUGUGCGUGUGCGUGUGUGCGCAUAUAUGCGUGAUGAUGCGCGUUUUGUGGGCGUAUAGUAACGAUCCCAAAGAAGUCUAUAAGUGUGGUCUAGAGACGACCCUGCGUGCUAAGGCUUCGGACGAGAAGCCGGUUUCCGCCUUCUUCAUUAAUGCCUUAAAAGGGACACUAUUGAGAAACGCUAAAUGAAUUUAAAAUAUUCCUUUAAAAAAUACCCUCGCUGUUUUGUGGUAUACAUAAGGCGUUGGUUAUUAGAAGAGAAAAUGAAGGUGAAAUUACCAUUAGUUGAAUUUCGCGCCAAUAGAAACACCAGCGCCAGUAAGUCAGUGUGACGUCAUGUAUUCAGCGAUCUAGUGCGGCAAUUGGACGGUGGCGUCACCGCCAGCGUUUUGUUCAAAAUUUAUUUAUAAAUACAGCUCAAGGUAUGUUUUCUCUUUAACGUCCCUUUAAAGUGCAAGUAUACUUGCUUAUCAUUCGACAAGCAUCUUUAUUCGCAUUUUUUACGUGCCUCCUUAGAAAUGGUGUGCGAGAUUUACGUUUCAUCUCCCUAUAUAGUAUAGCUGAGCUUUCCUUGCGUUUAAUUCUUUGACCAGCUUUGUUGAUGACAAACUGUCCGUUUGAAAGUUUAAUAUUGCUUGUUAGGUGGAAUCCUUGACCUCCGGUGAAAAGUGAUAACACGAAGCGAUGCUUGAGUUAAUUUCAGAAGAAAAGAAAAUUGAAACUCUGGCCUUGCUUUCUUUACGAAGAAUCACGCGUUCUGGUUAUUCCGCUUUGGUGUGCGCAUAUAGCUUUUUUUGCCACGCAAGCAUCUUGCGAAUGAAAUGCUCAAUAAUCGUCGCCGUUUAUUGGCCAAUCGACUACAACGACCUCUCCAUUACCAGCACGUGGUUGGUAUUAUUUCUCAGCCGGAGGCCAAGGAUCAAUCAUUAUAGUCUAGAUGAAGAACAAAAAAAAAGUUUUCUAGUUUGUAUACUCUUAUGUGCUCUUCGUUUUCUUUUUUGUUAGAAAAAAAAAGAUAUUGUAUGUGCAACUGCCAUGUGACCCUGCCAUACCGCAACACUGGUACGAGUACAUUCACACGUACCCAAUCAAACCUGUGAGUGUAUAAUAGAACACCGUUUUUCUGUAGGCGGAAGACAGGUUGUAAAAUUGUUUAUAUAUGAAAGGACUAUAUACUGUAUAGGUGUUUCGUCUCGGUGUCAUCGCACGGAGCGCCAUCUGUAGAAUGACGCAAAAGGCGUGCUUGAACGAGACAUUUUUGGGAGGUGGCCAAAAGAGGAACAAACUAUAUAUGUAUACACAGGGGUGUCUUACUAACGUUUCGAAAUCUCGACAUAGUAUUCCACCGGUACAAGAACAGCGACGCCGAGAGGCAGAAAAGUACGGGCGAACCUAAUUCUCAAGCGUGAUAUCGCCUCAUAUUGUGAUGUGGUACUGCUCGGAAUUCAGUUGCUAAACAUUAGCUGCGGCAGGGUUCGACCGAGCCUUAAUCGCUUUAAUCAAACGUUUAGUAUAGCGUUAAGGCUCUAUACUGUUAGCGCUAUCGCACGAGCCAGGUUGCAUCUGCGUAUGCGUGGUCCGCAUUAGCGAGCGUAUGUGUAAUUGUACUUGGCGAGGGUGGUAACCGUAACUGUAUAAGCGGUAAUGCUAUGCUGGAACUUUUCUGCAAACAGAUUUAGCUUGAAAGUACGCGUUUUAGAUUUAUCGUAAAUCCAGGGCGAAGCAGCGAACAGCAGCAUUUGUGGCAAGACCUUGUGACGUUGCAUUCAGGCAAACAUCAAGUGCAGCUUCUCGUAUUGUGCGACUAUAGCUAAUUUAUUGGCGUAAGGCUUUUCGACUACUCAUGUUUGUUCAUCAAAGAUUACACGGGAAAAAUGAGCAAAAAUACCAUCGGCUUAUUCUCCAAAUAUUACCGUGCAACCAAGGAACGUUUUAGUAAACUCUUCUUGAACGCAGCUCCCCAGGAGGUAUCGCCAGAAGCACUACCGUUCGCGUGUCCGUCCCUGUAAUACGGUAAAACCUGAACCCUAGGUCCAGCGUAAACACCUGGAAUGCGGAAACGAAAAGAAAAAAAAAAGAAAUGAACACAAAUACUUGCUCGCGUUUCAGUUCAUGCCGGUAGAAAGUUAGUGAGCGUUUGCUCAACAAUCGUAGCUUCUCUUCUGGCCUGCUUGGUAGAUAAGGCGUAGAUGUUUGUGCUGCAAUGCCCCAUUGUUGCCGACUAGAUGCGUUUCGUUAAAUUUGACAGUCGUUUCUAGUAAUAUUUGUUUAAAACACGUACUAUAGAAGGCGACAGUCACGACAAUCCGAUCCUUCGGCUUCACACGUUUGGCAUAACAUAACUUCGCAAAUGCACUUCUAAGUAAGCUGAGCUAGGGACAGCAAUAUUAUGCUCCAAUUUAUGCCAGUGAUUAGCUUCACACACCGUACGACGCCACAAGCUUUUUAUUAUGUUUAAUAUUGUUUUCCUAACGUAACGUAGCAGCAAAAAAAAUUGCAAGCCGAACCCUUAUUAGCAACAUAGACAAGCAGGCCCAAAGAGAAGUAGCGGUCGUCUGUAAUACUCGGAGUGCGCAAGCCAGUAUGUCUUGCGUACACACUCACUAAUGUGUUAAUUUAUGUGUUUAGAGAUUAAGGGGGCAAUGGGCAAUUAGCUAUGAGGACCUUUGCAAAAUAUUCAGUUGACACUCAACAAAAAAAAUCACUGACAGUCUAUUACGCGUUAACGAAAUCAAUUGCAAAGGAAGGCUUGAGCGUGUAUCAUGCUCAUCCGAAUCCCCACAUGGUUAAAAAUAAUUGAAAAAAAGUAAAUAAACAAAAGCAAAAUGCCCAUAUUUUGUAAAGGCGGGCAACACAAAUAUUUCCCUGCAUUAGGGCGUGUUUUGUAUGAAUUUUCUCUGAGAAAUAAAAAAAAAUAAAGA